UUCCGGUGGCUGACAGGAGCUGGAGCCCGCCGCUGCCUCCUCCGGCGCGGAGUACCACACACCCCCGCACACACCGCGGGGAGGAGGAGGAGGAAGAGGGCGGAGGGAGCAGAGCAGCCCCCCCGCCCCAGCCCCCGAGCGAUAUCGCCCUCAUCCCCCCACGCAAUACGGGCGAUGUAGCUGGGCUGCCCGGCCCGCGCCCCCGCAGACAGGCACCUGCAGGUGAGAAGUAAGUAUGAGUUUGGCAACGCACGACCAUCAGUGCCAGGACCCUGUGAUCUGAACCGUGUCUUUAGCUAACUUCCCGGUGGCCAGUCGCUGUUGAUCCUCUGCCAUGGAGGACUGCCUUCACACCUCCUCCGAAAAUCUCUCCAAGCUAGUGAGCUGGGCCCACAGCCAUGGGACCAUCUGCAGCCUCAUCCCCAACCUCAAGCACCUGCUUUCCGAGGGGGCCCACGGCAACCUGACAGCCAUGUGGGGCUGCAGUGCUGGCCAUGCCUACCACUGGCCCCUGGCCGCCACCUGCCGCGCAGGCUCCCAGGAGCGCGUCUGCUUCCAGGACAGCCGCAGCUUCAACUCGGACAGCCCCAGCAUGCUGGGGGUGCCAUCAGAGGCUCAGGCCAGCCCCCUAGAGCGCUACCCAGGCCGGCCGGGGAAGGCCAAGCUGGAUUGCACCCGCACUCGUGACUCCUGCGACUUCUCUUACUGCAGCGAGCCAUCAGAGCUGGGCGAGCCUGUGGAGGAGUACGAGGAUGAGGCCACCCUCUUCGACAUGGUCUGCGAGUCCUCUGUCACCGACGAGGACAGUGACUUCGAGCCACACCCGCACCGUGCUCCCACUGGCCCCCGCAAGCGGCCGCCUGCCGCUGCCCAGGCCCAGGCGCAGCCCGCCGACGAGGGCGGCGGUGACGUGCUCCUCAAGAAGAUCAAGCAGGAGCUCCCUGAGGACUACUAUAUAGUGGCCAACGCGGAGCUGACGGCCGGCACCGAUGGGCCGGCCCUGGCCCUGACACAGAUGUCCAAGCCCAAGCCUCAGCCCCUGGCUGGGCCCUCUUGCCUGGGACCCACCAGGACCGCGCCCCAGCCGGCCGCGGGCCCCGACGCCGACCCGCAGCGCCCGUGCGCCUCCCCACCUGGCCCGCCCCGCAUGGCCACGCAGCGCCCGCCCCGCGGACCCCUGGCCUCCCCGGCGCGGGGGGCAGGCGGUGGCCCCGUGGCUGCCCUGCAGGUGCCAGCCACCAGCUCCAAUGCCAUCACCACCGCCGGGAAACCCAUCAGCAUCCCCCUCUCCGCCCUGCAGCUGCCUGGUCAGGAGGAGCCACCGGCUGCUGAGGAGACCCUCCCGUCCAUCCCACAGCUGGCCCCGGGUGGUGAGGUGGCCGGGUCGCCCUCGGUGAGCACCGAGCCUGAGGUGAGCUCCAGCCAGCAGCAGCCCCACGCCGCGCCCACCGCCACCCCUGAGGCAGCGGCGCAGCUGAUGCCAGACCAGGAUGAGAGAGCAGCAGAGCUCAGCAGGGAGCAGAAUGAGAAGACCAUUCGUAGCACGCAGACGGCUCUCCGCAAUUUCCGAGAAUUCCUCAUUUCCAAGUACCCCUCUGAGACCCGUGAGAUCUAUGUCAUCCCCUGCAAAGAGCUUGAUGCCUAUCUUGCGUCCUUCUUUGUGGACGCCAGACAAAAAGAUGGGUCUGAAUAUGAGCCAAACAGUCUGGCCAACUAUCAGUGUGGACUGGAGCGGUAUCUCAAAGAGCACAGGUAUGGAUACAGUAUUACAAGGGAUAAGGAGUUCAAGAGGUCCCAGGAAGCUCUAAAGCAAAAGCAGAUAGAGCUGAGGUGUAAAGGCAAAGGAAACAAGCCACACAAAUCCAUGAAGCUCACCUUUGCUGAUGAGCUUAUCCUGCGCAAAAGAGGCCUAUUGAGCCGGUACAAUCCUGAAGGUCUUCUGAACCUUGUGUGGCUGAACAACACUAAGGCAUUUGGACAUUGCACGGGUUUCCAUGGGUCCACCCUCAAGUGGGGAGACAUCCGGCUGCGGGUGACAGAGACUGGGUUGGAGUAUCUGGAGUGGAUGGGGCCAGACAACGGGGACGUGAGUACCAAGAGCAAGAGAGGCGGGACGGACUCGCGGGUGUACGCCACCCAGCACUCCCCGCAGACCUGCCCUGUGCAGGACUACAAGGAGUACGCCCAGCGGCGACCCCCGGCCAUGCGCUACGAGGAUGCGCCCUUCUACCUGUCCAUCAAACCCGUGGUCAACUUGGCUGCUCUUCACUGGUACAAUUGCCAAGCCCUGGGGAAAAACAAGCUUGCCAAGAUGGUGAAGACGAUGUGUGAGAAAGGCAACAUCCCUGGCCGCAAGACCAACUUCAGCGUCUACCAGAGCUGCAGCACUCUCUCAGAAGCUCAGAGCAACCAGCUGGUGCUGAUCUGCAAUAACUUGAGCCAGCAGGCUGCCCAGUCCAUGGCAAGCCACUCCAAUACUGGCAACUUCAUAGUGUCAGCAUCCUAUGACUCUUCAUCUGACACAGCUUGAAAGAACACUGAACACUUUUUUCUUUUCCUUUUUGCUUCAAGCAUUCAAUUUGUGCUCAGUAAUACACAUCAGCUGUGAUUGUACACUAUUCCCCCUCGCAGCCCUCU